AUGAUGGAAGAUAGUGGUGCUUCGGUUUGCACACUUUAUGAAGAUGAUGUCAAGAAUCUGUGGUUUCCCCGGCCUACUAAUAUUCCUCUAAAUGCGAUAAUUGGAAGAUUACCCUUGUCGACCUCUAAUGGAUCAAUAAACCAACCAAUAAUGAAGGUUGAAAUCUGCUUACCUCAUGAUGGGCAGGUUGUAAUACCUUGGACGCCCAUACAGGUGAUGCUCUUCGAAGGCAAAAAGCUUUCAGGAUGUUCCGAGCGGCUUAUGGGCCCGGUUCUGCGGCGUAUGGCAUUCACUGCUACCGCCCCGGAUAAUAGAGAUCGACUCUUCGUUGCCAACGACCGGCAGGAAUUGAUAGAUUUGAUUCCAGACGCAGAUGUCUCCCAGGCGUUUAUGCCGGAUCUUCCUCUGGAUCCUCAUGAUCCCAACGAUCCACUUUUCGACUCGGACUUGAACUAA